GAUGCGGUGAAAACAAAAAAAAACCAAAAAAAAUUAAUCAAAAUUCUUUGAAGAUUUGCGCCAAAAGUUCGAAAAGACCAAAAUCUUUCUAAAAUAACACAAAUCUAUUUUCCUGACAAAACCAAAACCACAACAAUAACAAUAACAAUAACAAAAACAAGAACAAGAACUGUCUGUUGUCUAAAAUGUAAAUAAGUGAUUUCCAUUGCAAACGAGAACAUCUGGAAUUCAUCUGUUUAUAUUGGAGAAGAUGUUCGAAGCUUAACAACAACAACUCAUACCAACUAUAAAAAGGAGUUCUAAUAAAUUAGUAACUGAAUUCCCAGUAGGUUAAAAAGUGUUAAUCCAUCGACAUGCCGAGUAUUGGCAAUGCGUUUAAUAGUACAAGCGGAUUUAAAGAUGACAAUGACACGAAUUUCGCGACAUCAUAUGUGAACUUAUUUUUCGAGACCAAUCCUUUGCUAAUAGACGGCAAUGACACGACCAACAAAGCAUUUCCACUUAAUGACAGCAAUGGGACGUACCCGCUAUUCGAAAAUGUCACCGACGUUCAAAUGGCGAAUGAUCGUUUUGUGGUCAUGUUUAAAGUGGUCACAUUAUCGAUUAUUUUGGGCUUCAUGAUACUUAUAACAGUUAUCGGCAACGUUUUUGUGAUUUGUGCCAUCAUACUCGAGCGCAACUUGCAAAAUGUUGCUAAUUAUUUGGUUGCAUCGCUGGCUGUUGCUGACUUGUUUGUUGCUUGCUUAGUUAUGCCACUUGGCGCUGUAUACGAGAUAAGUGAGGGUUGGAUUAUGGGACCAGAGCUAUGUGAUAUUUGGACAUCUUGUGAUGUUCUUUGCUGUACUGCUUCAAUUUUACAUUUGGUGGCCAUCGCUGCUGACCGAUACUGGACUGUCACAAAUAUUGACUAUGGAAACAUACGCACCCCAACGAGAAUAUUUUUUAUGAUAAUAUGCAUUUGGAUUGUUGCUAUCACUGUUUCAGUGGCACCCCAGUUCGGUUGGAAGGAUCCAGAAUACUUGAAACGUAUUGAGGAGAGGAAAUGUAUGGUUUCACAAAACGUUACUUAUCAGAUUUUUGCUACUUUUGCUACUUUUUAUAUUCCAUUGUUGAUUAUACUUUUACUCUAUUGGAAAAUCUAUAAAAUAGCACAAAAACGCAUAAAACGUCGCUUGAAGCGACCUCUUGCGGGGCCGUUAAAUGAAAGUCAACUGACAACUGCACCUGAACUUAAACGUAGACGUCUGGAAAUAUGCUUUGGCAGGCAUUGCCCUAAUAAGAAACGUGUACUAGGCAACAAUCUGGAAGUGACAACUAUAAAUACACAGGAAGAAACUGAGUUCAGUACUAGUAAUUUUGACAGCAGAAGUCAUGGCACGGAAUAUACAGCAAUAUCCAUAGAUCCCGACGAUAUACAAACAUCUUCAGCAGAUGAAAUAACAACCGUUUCAUAUCAAGUAGCUACAACUAUAUCGCAUCAUGCUGCUGCAAUGACGACAACAACUUCAGGACGCUGCAGCAACUUAAGCACAAUGACAGAUGAAGUAAGACCCGCUUUACGUAAAAAUCUACAACCUGUAAACUUAUCAAAUCCUUACAAUAAGCUCGCAAAACGCAGGAAACUUAUUGAAGCCAAACGUGAACGCAAGGCGGCACAGACUUUGGCCAUCAUUACCGGUGCAUUUGUUUGUUGUUGGCUUCCGUUUUUCGUCACUGCACUUGUGUUGACCUUAUGCAAGUACUGCAAGUUAAACGGUGUACUGGCUUCAUUAUUUCUAUGGCUGGGCUAUUUCAAUUCCUCUUUAAAUCCAAUCAUUUAUACGAUCUUCAAUCCAGAGUUUCGUCGAGCAUUUAAACGACUGAUUCACGGUAGGCUGCUCUUUUCACAGACGAAUAGCGGCAAAAUCUAAAACAGUUUUUGCUGUUUCUGUAAAUAUUAUUUAUUUUUUGGCUGAUUAAACUAGUGAGACUGACUUUCGAAGGAUUUCUUUUUUCUAUAUAUAAAAAUUGUUUGUUGGCAACUUCGCACAAAGGCAACCACAACCAAAUUCUUACGCUUACUUAUUGAAAAGAAAAUUAAAUAAAAUUUAAUUUUAUUUUGUAUAGUC